AAAACGCGGAUAAGAAAACAGCCGACCAGGCCCUUGUUCAAUCAUGACUGGAUUCGCCGAAUUUUGUAAUUGCCGAAGAAAAGACUGUUCUUCGAAGCAGUUUCUCUGAAAGAAUUUAUCAAACAAAUUUGACGACAGUGAAUUGAUAUUAUCAGCUUGUAACUUGCAGACCAUGUCAUUGACAGUAGAAGUUCUGCGCAAGGAAGCUGACAAGUGUCAGAGGAAGACAUUGCUCAAGUACAAAAUAGCCUUGGAAAAGUCAUCUGGGUUGGAAGAAUUGCUUCAUGGUGUUUGUUUUGUUCUGUUCCCUAAACCAAGUGAUUAUGAUGCUCGGAGAGAUUUGAUCCGCAUAUUUAAUGAAAUUGUCAAGGAAAUUUAUGGCUGCUCUCGUGAUAUUCCUCGUGUUGUGGAGUUUGGGUCUUUCACAAUGGAUCUGUUUGCAGCAAAAAGUGACCUAGAUCUAUCUGUUAAUUUUAGCAAUGUUGACAUCCCGCGUGACAGGAAGAUUAGUACUCUCAAGAAGCUUGCAAAGAAGCUUAAUUUACUUCAGCGUAGUGGACAUGUUCAUGGUGUCAACCCAAUUACCCGUGCUAUUGUGCCUGUUCUGAAAGUUGUUGAUAGUGGAACUGGGGUUGAGUGUGAUAUAUCAGUGGGAAACAAGGAUGGAAUCUUGAAAUCCAAGAUUCUCUACUUUGUUUCUCUCAUUGAUGAAAGGUUUCGCAAACUAUGCUUUUUGAUGAAAGCAUGGGCUCAAGCACAUAACAUUAAUAGUGCAAGGGACAAAACCUUGAACUCAUUAAGUAUAAUACUUCUGGUGGCAUUUCACUUGCAGACUCGUAAUCAUCCAAUACUGCCACCAUUUUCUGCAAUUCUUAAAGAUGGUUGUGAUACUGGAGCUGUGGCAAAGUCAUUACAUAAGUUUGUUAAUUAUGGACAAAACAAUACAGAAUCAGUGGCUGAGCUGUUUCUGACGUUAUUACUUAUGUUAUCAUCAGUCGAUGAACUUUGGUUCCAAGGUCUGUGUGUCAGCACUUACGAGGGAUCUUGGAUAUCUAAGACUUGGGAUCAUAAAGUUGGCUGCAUAACUGUUGAGGAUUUCACUGACCGAUCCCAAAAUGUUGCAAGGGCAGUAGGAGAGAGUGAAAUGAAAAGAAUAAACGAUUGCAUUAACCUUUCUAUUGAGCGCAUUUCUGAUUUUUUGAGUUGCCGAAUGGAAGGGUAUGCAUUAAGUGAAUUUUUGUUCGGCAAAGAUGUGGCCAUAUCAGAAAGCGGAGUUACGAUGAAUUGGAAUGCAAAUGUCACAAAAUCUAAUGCACCUCCUGGAUUGACUACCUGGAGAGAGAACAAAGAUGCAAUGGGUGGUCACAAAGCAUCUCGUCAAACCAGAAAUGUUGAGCAUAGGGGUCAAUCAGCCUUGGGAAAGAGGACGAGGACUGAUGGAUCAUCAGUUCCCUCUACCAACACAAAAAGGAUGAGAGAUACCGGUGCUUUUGGGCAAAUGCAGUAUAGCGAGACUGAUAGAGCCCCAUAUCUACCUAUUCCAAUUGCUCAUCCUACUUAUGCAUCUAACGCAGGUAACUGGCUGUCUUCUGACUAUGUUAGGGAGAGUGAUAUAGCCACAUCAUUGGUUACUCCAAUCGUAUACCACCCGAGUCAUCCUCAUGACCAACUUCAAAGGACUUUUAGACCUCCAAAUUUGCCUACUCCAAGUGUUUAUCCUACUUUUCCACCUAUAGCAAACCAGAUGUUUCCUAGCCAUGCUGCUGAGACUCAAAGAGUAGCAAAUUUGCCAUCUGCUUCUGAUUUGUUAGCAUAUCCCCUUGCUGGUUCCAAAUUGUUUUAAUUUGUAGCACCAACUCUUCCUUUCCUUGAGUAAACUUUUCUACCCGCUUGGUUUAGACGAGUCCUCUAACAUAAGAUGUUUAGUUUCAAAUCAUGCCAAUAGAAAAUAUAUCAUCCAAUAUUGUAACCAUCAUAGUCUGCUUUGGACAAUCAUAGCAAAAAUGUCAAUAUGGCCCCCAACUUAUGCUUAUUCUGUCAAUUUUGUCCGAUGCUAUUGUUUUUUUCCUGUCAAAAUUUCAGUAACUUAUCUCAUAUUUAUGACCUGAUGAUCCAUACUAACAAAUCAUCCAUUGACUUCCCCCUGUAAAGUUCUUUAAAAAUCCUCCGCUUUUCAAGUUAAUGAAAUCUUGACAGAAAGAACAAAGCAAAAUUGGCAGAAAGAGCAUAAACUAAGACAUCUAAUUAGUAUUGUUUGCUUUAGAGGAUGUGUUUUUGUUUUUUAUUAAACAAUGGCAAGUGCAAUCAAACAUCUUGUAAGUUACCAAGUUAUUGUACUCAAUAGGUGAAGUCAGCCAGGUACAUUUCAUUUCUUAGAGAAAAGCUCUCUAGAAACAUCUUUUUGGACAAAUGUAAAACUCAAACCAUUGUUUCUGAAAUUGUAAUAUGUCCGCCUUUUGAGGGGUCAUUUUGCAAUGUUGUGUUUAGCCAUUUUCUUAUUAAAACAUGCCAGUUUGGUGUUGUAAUUGAA